AUGUUUAGGUCCCGAUUUGAUGUCACCAGGCACUUCAAAGCUACUAUGAAUCGAGAUGCGCUGUGGUUUAUGCGGACAACGACCAUCACUCAAGCUGUCAUUAUCGUUCUUUAUCCGAUUCUGGUGCUCACUGUCAGAUUCACUGCUCACCAAACACCAAGAAUCCUAAACAAGACUCUUGCCACCCUUGUCUACAUCUUCAACUGGUAUUGCGUUCUCGUUCCUUUGGUGAUGAUUUACGCGGCGAAGCAGACAAGGACCAAGCGACGACGGAAGAUUGACUCCGUCAUGGAGAAGCAAGUUUUUGGCGAAGAAGGAUCUGAGUACUACUUCGCUUUACUGAAGGAUCAGUGGCAACAGAAAGCUGAUACGAAAUCAUAA